AUGGGCACUUCCUAUUCCUGCUGCGGCCGUCACGACGAGGACGACGAUGACGAGUCUGUCACUGUUCGUGGGUUGGAGAUCGGGUCUCCUCAGUUCCCCCAGACCACGUUGAAUCUGGAUAUGCAUAAUUUGCGUCCAAUUACUCGCCAUGACGGUCGUGCCGUUGAUAUCUACCCAGAAAUCCGCAGCAUGCCACGCACCAUGAACCUGGCUGACCUUGGUCAUCUUGGUGAAACCACUGCCUCUGCCGUGGCUGUUGACGAGCAAGCCGGUCGCACCACUCCUGAGGUGGCCCCCGUCGUCGAGACCACCAAGAAGGAGGAGGAAGCCGCCGUCACCAUGGACACCGCCAUCGACACCGACACUGCCGUUGCUGAAGCUGAGGUUGCCGCUGCUACGUCUGUUUCGUCCACCACCACCGACGCUGAGGAUGUCGUCGUCGCUGAGACUGUUGCCCCUGGCACAGCUCGCUAAAUUAAACAAAAUAACUGGCCGUCUGAUUUGUUUUUUUCUUCGCCAAUCGUAUUGCCAACAGCUUUCACGUUCGUCAUCGCCAUGAAGUUCAGAAAAAAAAAAAAAAAAAAAAAAAAAAAAAAAAAAACCCCAACCCUUGUGUUGAGAAGAAAAAUCUAUACGGCCCGUUUUUCUUCCGAACACGAUCGGUUUGUUUUCGCUAAAAUGAACAAUAAUAAUGAAUGGGAGGAGGAUGGGCUUGUUGUUAUGUUUGCAGACGCUGUUUCUUUUUUUCUUUUUUCUCUUUUUUAACGAAAUCUCCAAUCUUCAAUUCUUGUACGGACUGGACUGUAAGAGUACACGGGAAGCAUUCCCUUUGUGAUUUAGCAAUCUGCCCCAGAGUUUUCUUUUUUUUUUUUUUUCCCCUUGAUAUUUCGUGAUUUAUUCCUUUUUCUUCUCUCUUCGCUCAAACCUAACCACCAACCCCCUUUUAAUGUCCCCCAUUGUCAAUUUGAUAGCACAGCACGUCUGGUGAGGCAUUUGUUCAACGACCCAUGGACUGCCCGUCUUGUUCUCCAUCUCAAGUUUAUCUCUCUACUCUUUCUUUCCUUCGAAGAAUGCUUGUCACUGAGGCCCAAAGGAAGAAUGGAAAAGGAGGAAUGUACCAGCCCAUCCCACCAUCAUGACGGAGAGGCAGUCAACGAAAAAAAAUGCAAACCUGUGGGGGUUGGCGUGUAUGGGAAGAUGAGGCGUAAGAUUUGUAUUCUGAAGGUUGUUUCUUUUUCUCCUUUUUUUUUUUUUUUUCGCUCCUCGUGCUCUCUAUUUUAAUGAAUUCCCACACCCCAAUAUACAAAAAUAGAUAGUCAGAGAAUGGAAACAAUUGCCCUCCUCCCAAAA